AAUUUUACUUUUAACCAAGGAGAGCUUGCAAGAUUAAUAUGUACUGUGAACAACCUUGGGACGAAAAAGGUCAUAUGGAGGAGAGCAUCUGAAUUUAACCCUCUAACUAUUGGAACAAAGACAUUUGUUGGUAAUUAUAGAAUACAUGUGGAACACACACCAUUAGGAAACGACUGGAAUUUAUUAAUUAAAAAAGUUCAGAUAGACGAUGCAGGAAAAUAUGAAUGUCAGAUCAGCGCUAAGCAGCGGAAUUUGAGAAGAUUUGUGACUUUAACAGUGUUAGGUAAGUGGGUGUCAGGGAAGAGUUUUCAUUAUGUUGAAAAGGGAAGUAGGAUAGUUUUAGUGUGUAAUGCUACAGGAGAUGAACAUCCACCAGAUGACUUAGAUUGGUUUAAAGACGGUGAUAAAGUGACUACAGAUCACAGUAAAGGCAUAUCAAUACGUAAACAAGUGUCUCUGGAAUAUAAAACAAUCGCCAGUGUAUUACAGAUAGAAAAAGCCAGACUAAAGAAUACUGGUGUUUACAUAUGCCGUACUUCCGACUUGCAAAUAACUCGGAAAAUUGUUGAUAUUUUAAAUUGUAAGUAUAAAAUCCCCAAAGAGACACAGAUGGCGAUUUUCAGGUCAAAUCAGAAUGUAAGUGUCCAGAUGUCCUAUGUUUCAAUCCAUUAG